AAUUAGCUAGUAGUCUUAUUAAAAUGCACGUUUAAUCCAUGGAUUCCCACAAUGGCAGCCAAUGGGGUUAACCCCUUAACCAUGGAGGGAUAUUUUUUCACAACUGUCAUUUUCUUUGAUUAAGCACUAUGAUAAAAGAAGACUAUAAGGAGUAAGAAAAUUAUAAGCAUGGAUUGGAAUAAAGAUAGUCUGGCUUCCUUUUGGAUUUUCUUCUUCUGUAGUGUGGCAAAUACAGUGGUACAGAGUUCUUGUCCUGAGAUGAUUGUUAAACGAGAAAUUCUGAAUAAGGGGUUUCACAGAAACUUGAUAACAAGACUGGAAAUUCAUGAUUUGGCAGAAGAUAAUGACUGUAGGAUAAUAUUCCAGGAAAGUAUUCCAUCUGGACUAUUUGUAGAUCCAUAUCAGCUGUCCUCCUUACAGCAGCACAAUCUGACAGAGGUUCUAUUGCUGAAGGCGGUGGAUUUAGAAGCUCCUGAGUACCUCUCCACAGGAUUUACUGCAUUGGUAUAUGCCAACGCUGAUCCUGCUUGCAAGCAUUGCUUCAUAUCUACAAUACCAGUCCAUGCCCGCUACCACCGCCCAUCAUCAAAGAAUUACGAAAGCUCUUCCAUUUUGAUUAGCCCACGACUACUGGUUCAUUGCAGCAAAGAAGUUUUUUCCAAAGGCUGCUCACCUAACUCAGUAACUGAGGCUCCUUGUGGAUCAAAAGGUGGCUCUUCAUGUCAUUGGUUGGAUAUAAAUUACACAGCUGUCCCCAAGACUGUAGCACUACACACACCAGUUGGAAUCACACAGCAUGGACCAGCAGUAUGCAGUAUAACACUAAUAACGACUCUGUACUGCACAGGGAUGAUCCUCCAGGCAGUGUACAGAUCUAGCCAUCUAGUUUAGUAAUGACUUUGCUUUUUGGGACUUUUAUGACUUUUUCUUGAACGGCAAACAAGACCAGAAAACCUCAUCUAAUGUAAUUUGUAUAUUUUCUCACUUAUCUAUCAGAAGUAUGUUUUACAGUGCAAUGUUAAUUAAAACUGAAACUGUGUAAA